AUGACGCUCUCCAAGACACUCGUGUCGGCCUUGCUGGCUUCCACCGUAGCGGCCCUUGAGCCAAUCGUGAUCAAGGGCUCCAAAUUCUUCUACGAAAACGGAACGCAAUUCUACAUCAAGGGCAUCGCCUACCAGCAAAACACCGGAGCCGCCGGCGCCGGUGUCCAAGACGCCAAAUUCGCCGACCCUCUCGCGAACCCAGCCGCCUGCCGACGAGACGUCCCCCUUCUCAAGGAGCUCGGCACCAACACCAUCCGAACCUACGCCAUCAACCCGUCGGCCGACCACAGCGUGUGCAUGCGCCUCCUCGAAGAAGCCGGCAUCUACGUCAUCUCCGACCUUGGCGAGCCCAACCUUUCGAUCGAGACCGACGCCCCGCUCUGGGACCUCGACCUCUUCGGGCGAUACAAGUCCGUCGUUGACGAGUUGAGCAAGUACGACAACGUCAUCGGGUUCUUCGCCGGAAACGAGGUCACGACAAACAAGACGAACACGCCUGCUUCCGCUUACGUCAAGGCCGCCGUCCGCGACACCAAGGCGUACAUCAAGGAGAAGGGAGUGAACCUGUACGUCGGAUACGCUGCCAACGACGACCCCGACGUGCGCCGUGAUAUUGCGCAUUACUUCAACUGUGGCGAUGACCAGUCGCAGGCCAUUGACUUCUGGGGCUACAACAUCUACCAAUGGUGCGGCGAGAGCACGCUCGAGAAGUCUGGGUACAGCAAGCAGAUUGACUUUUUCAAGAAUUACUCGGUGCCCGUCUUCUUCGCCGAGUAUGGUUGCAAUACUGGCAAGGAUGGUGCCGAGUCGCGUAUUUUCCAGGAGACCACUGCGCUUUAUGGGGAUGAAAUGACUUCGGUUUUCUCUGGUGGUAUCGUCUACAUGUACUUCCAGGAAGCCAACGAUUUUGGUCUCGUUGAACUCAAUGGAAACACUGCCACCCGUAUGAAGAACUUCAAGGCCCUCGCCGACCGCAUCUCCAAGGUCGACCCUACCACCAUCGACAGCGACCAAUACAAGCCCAGCAACGUGCCGCAAACCUGCCCGCCCGUCUCCGACGUCUGGGAAGUCUCCGGCGACAACCUCCCCAUCACGCCCGACCAAAAAGUGUGCGACUGCAUGUUCGCCGGCCUCAGCUGCAAGGCGUCCCCGACCCUCGACGAGAAGAACUACGGCGACAUCUUCAACUUCGUCUGCGGCACCAAGGGCCGACCCUGCGACGCCAUCAACGGCAACGCCACGUCGGGCAAGUACGGCGUCUUCAGCAUGUGCAACGCGCAGCAGAAGCUCGGCUACGUGCUCGACCGCUACUACAAGAACCAGAACAACGCCGCCGACGCGUGCGACUUCUCGGGCCAGGCCACGCUCGUCACGCCGACCAAGACGGACGCCGAGUGCGAGCAGAAGCUGACGGAGGCCUCGCAGGCGGCGAGUGCGGCGAACGGCGAUUCGGGGAAUAAUAAGAAGGAGGAUGAUAGUUCGGCGGUGAGGUUUGCGGCGGCGGGGUUGUAUGUUGCUGUUGCGUUUGUGUUUGGGACCAUGAUGGUGUUGUAA